AUGCUCGUCGCAGAACUCGUACAAGGCCUCGUCCAUGAGGCAACCCACCGACCGACCGAGUUCCUCGCCAAAUUUUUGGGGGUCGCGGUAUUGGUUUACUUCAUCGCAAACGAAGUCGUCAGAUCGAAGGCUCGUCUACCCGCUUGGCAUGGCCCAAAGGGACUCCCCGUUAUAGGGAAUCUGCACCAGCUUGGCGGUAAUGCCUCGCAGGUGUACAAGGACUGGGCCAAGGAGUUUGGUGCCGUUUAUCAGGUCCAGCUGGGCAAUCUCCCUGUUUUGGUUGUGAACACUGCUGCCGCGGCCAAGGUUAUGUUUGGAAACAACUCGCAAGCAACUGCCUCACGACCGGAGCUCUACACUUUCCACAAGAUCGUUGCCAAUACUGCUGGCACCACAAUUGGUACAUCUCCCUACAAUGAGUCUCUCAAGAGGAGGAGAAAGGGUGCAGCAUCCGCUCUCAACCGCCCAUCCAUUGAGACUUACAUCCCCCACCUGGACCUCGAGACAAGAGACUUCCUCAAGGACGCUCUGAACUACGGCAAGGCAGGCAAAGUCACCAUCGACCCGCUUCCCCUCGUCCAGAGACUCAGCUUGUCACUGGCAGUCACGCUGAACUGGGGCAUGCGAUUCCCUAGCCACGACGACGGACUGUUCAAGGAAAUCACGACGGUUGAGGGCGAGAUCAGCCGCACGAGGAGCGUCACGGACAACAUGCAGGACUACAUCCCCCUCCUCCGAUACAACCCCUUCUCGGCCGGGAAGCGCCACGCCGUGGAGAUGAGAAUCCGCCGCGACAAGUACCUGUCUAAGCUCAACGGCGAUCUGGAGGAGAAGAUCCGCAACGGAACGCAUGAGCCGUGCAUCCAGGCCAACGUUAUGCUCGAUGAGGAGGCUAAGCUUAACAACGUCGAGUUGACAUCGAUCAGUCUCACUAUGCUUUCUGCCGGCUUCGAGACGUUUACUGCAGUAUCGACCUGGGGUAUUGGGUUCUUGGCGACGCACCCUGAGAUUCAGCAAAAGGCUUUUGAGGCGAUUAGAAAGACGUAUGAUGAGGGAAACCCGUUGUGUGAUGCGCAUGAUGACCAGACUAUUCCCUACCUCCGCGCUUUGGUUCGCGAAUGCUUGAGAUUCUUCACUGUCCUUCGCCUCUCACUGCCUCGUGCCACGAACAAGGAGUUCAUGUACGAGGGCAAGCUGGUGCCCAAGGGCACCGUAGUCUUCUUGAACUCUUGGGCUUGCAACAUGGAUGGCGACCUCUGGCACGAUCCCGAAGUCUUCCGCCCCGAGCGCUGGCUAGAGAACCCCGAAGCACCCAUGUUCACCUACGGCAUGGGCUACCGCAUGUGUGCCGGAACCAUGCUGGCUAACCGCGAACUGUACAUCACCUUUCUCCGCAUGCUGGCCAGCUUUGAGCUGUCGUCAACGGACAAGAUCGACACCGAUCCCAUCACCGGCGCUGCUGAUUUGACCAACCUGAUUAUCACCCCAGGCUCCUACAAGGUCACCUUCACCCCCCGCAACGAGUCAGCCCUGAGAGCCGCCCUGGAGACUGAGGUCGAGCACUGA